UUUGAUUAUCGAUAAAUUAUCUGCUCUAAAAAUGCGGAUCUCGCGGAAAUAAUUUUAGAAAUUCUUAUUAGUAAUUUGCAAUAUAUGAUUUGUAAAAUAUAAUUAAUGCACAGGCAGGAACAGAGAUGAUUAGUGAGUGAAGCGGGGCAGUAGUUUGAGCCAACCUUGGUUAGUUAGCUCCACUUCCUCCGCUGGCAGCGGCGCACAGCAAUCGAUUUUUAUUCGAGACGAAUGUUGUGGAAUUUCGCUGCCAGUUCCUCCCACACUUUAAACUCGGCGGCAUUUAGCGCGGCGCAAUGAAGGACGGCGGUCACAUAACGCUCACACUAUCGUCGGGAUCAGCAUCGGCGUCGGUGGACGAGCGGGGCAGGAAGAGUCUGCGGCGGGCUUGGAAUCAGCUGCCUCGUUGUCAGCGUAAUCUCAUUAUUCUGGGAAUAACCGCGUUCUGUGUCACAGUCUUGCUCUGCCUGAGCGGCGAUCAGCUUCUGGCCGCCAGCCUGAAGGAUGUGGACGAGAAGUCGAUAGUGGCCCCUUAUCAAUUGCCCAUGCCAAAUCCGCACCAUCACCCCGGAGUCGAUAAGGACCUGCCAGAAGUCACAGCAGCGGAAGAUAAGGGUCCACCCCGGGCAGAGGCUCUAAAAGAUAAGUUGAAUGAAUUAAUUGCCUACGGGGAUGCGAACUCUGCUGAGAACGUGGUCCGUCUGCCUGAAACAGUGGUUGCCCAAGGACCACUGCAGGCCGUGGCACAACCUCCGCCGGAAGAUAACAAAGAUCAGGACAUGGGAGGCAUCGACAUCCUAAAUAAUGUGGAGGAACCCAUCAUACAGGAGCCUAGAAAGCCGCUCGGCGAGCGCGAACAACUGGACGAGGCCAUCAAGAGUCCACUGAAUAUGGGCGGUGUUAGCUUUAAGGAGCAUCUGAAGAAGAUUCAGCCCAUCCUGGCCAAGGGGCAGCACUUCCAUGGCGCCACCAACGAACGGCAGUCAGCUGUGGUGGCAGCCUUUAAGCACUCCUGGGCGGGCUACAAAAAGUACGCCUGGGGACACGACAACCUUAAGCCAAUCUCGCAGUACUCCCACGAGUGGUUCGGUCUGGGUCUGACCAUUGUGGAUUCAUUGGACACCAUGUACAUAAUGGGACUGGAUGAUGAAUUUAAAGAGGCACGCGACUGGGUGGAGAACUCACUGCGCUUCGAUACUAAGCGGGAUGUGAAUCUCUUCGAGGUGACCAUACGAGUCCUGGGCGGAUUGCUGUCUGCAUAUCACCUGAGCGGUGACACAAUGUUUCUGGCCAAAGCAGCGGAAUUGGGCAACCGGUUAUUGCCCGCCUUCCUAUCGCCAUCGAAUAUUCCAUAUUCGGAUGUGAAUCUCGGGGAUCUGUCAGCACAUUCGCCCAAGUGGUCACCAGAUAGUUCCACUAGUGAGGUUACCACCAUUCAGCUAGAGUUUCGUGAUUUGAGUCGGUCCACAAACGUUUCCGUUUAUGAACAGGUUGCUCACAAAGUAAACGAAAAGGUGCAUGAUCUGGAUAAAAACCAUGGGUUGGUGCCCAUAUUUAUCAACGCCAACACUGGAACCUUCCGCAACUACGCCACCAUUUCCCUUGGUGCGCGGGGGGAUUCUUACUAUGAGUACUUGCUCAAGCAGUGGAUUCAGACUGGCCGUAAAGAUAACGAUAACCUUAUUUUAGAUUAUAUGCAAGCUAUAGAUGGAGUACUAACACAGUUGAUGCGGCGCACUCCACGUGAGCACUGGGUAUACAUUGGCGAGCUGAUCAAUGGCAAAGACUUUAAACCGAAAAUGGACCAUCUUACGUGUUAUUUGCCGGGCACUUUGAUUCUGGGUCACCAGAACGGAAUGCCAGACUCUCAUCUAAUACUCGCUAGGGAUUUAAUGGAUACAUGCUAUCAGACCUACAUGAUGAAUCCCACACACUUGGCGGCCGAGAUUUCGUAUUUUGCACUCACAGAAAAGGACGAUCAGGACAUUUAUGUUAAGCCAAACGACGCGCAUAACCUACUGCGCCCGGAAUUUGUAGAGAGUCUUUAUUACUUUUACUCUUUGACUGGCAAUCGCACAUACCAGGACAUGGGGUGGACCAUCUUCCAGGCGUUUGAGACUCACGCCAAAGUAAAUGCGGGCUACACAUCGAUGGGAAAUGUUAAGAACACACAGAACACGCGUCUGCGUGAUCUAAUGGAAAGCUUUUGGAUGAGCGAGACCCUGAAGUACUUCUACCUGUUGUUUAGCGACGACCGCAAGGAAAUCGAUCUGGACCAAUGGGUCUUUAAUUCGGAGGGACAUCCACUGCCGGUCUAUCCGCUCAAGACUUAACUAGCGCCUAAGCGAAGCAACUAAUAGGCAGCGCAACUCAGUUGCGCCAGCGAAACUAACUGGAAACCGAAUAGUUUCGGCGCAUUUAGGCUGCAACAAUCGUUUAACUCGUAUCCGUACUUUAGCGCAAAUGCCAAAUACUAUGCUAAGCUCAGGAUUAGGCCGAGCAAAGUUGGCCAAUCGAAUAAAGCAAUGCCCAUUGGGAUGGAUCGGUUUGUUUUGUGAGAACAAAUUUAAAAUGGUAGGGGCAAAAAGUUAAUGUGUAAUCAAUUUUGAAAAAUUUAGACCUCUUUUUAGAAUCCUGGAAAAUCUACCAACAAAAAUGAUUUAAAUUGUUAUGGCCAGAAAUCUUAAUUACCAACUAGCUUUAGACAUUGUUAAAUUCAAUAUUAUAGCAACUGCAUAAUUUUUUGCCCCAGCGAUUUGGAACUACAAAAUCAUCGACCCGUCCCAUCUUACUAUUCAAAAUGUCAUUUCAAAAUCAGUAGUGGUCGUUUGUAUCAUAUUCUAUUUACUGAUAACUGUUAUUUUGUAAUAAUUUAUUUCCUACUAUAAGCACCUACUGUAACUUGAUAUUGGGCCAUUGCUAACCCAUCUCAUUAGCCAAUAGUAACAAUCGAAUCAGCCAGCGGGUUUUAACCUUGUAAUCUCUUUUGUAGUUAAAUAUGUAUGUUUAUGUUAGCAAGAUAUUAGAAACUCAGUUGCACUCAGCACAAAGUCGAUUUGUGCGUAAUCUUAAAAGUACGGAAUAAACGAAUCUCACAUGAAAAUGUGCUAAGAGCAUUUCUGAUCCCAUAAGCGUAUUGAAAACAGAGCCGAUAAUAAAAUGCAAUAGUUUUUAAAAUUGUA